ACAUUGAUGGGCAGGAGCCGGCCAGGAUCUGAUCAACGAUAACGGGACAAAUCGAUGCAAAAAUGUCGCAGGGCAACUUGCUGCAGGAAUAUAACUGGGAAACUCAGUAUAACGAUCCGCAGAUGCAAUUUUCUCGUCCCAUUUCGGACGAAGUUAUCAGCGUUUACGAGGUUUUCGUGAAAGAAGAGUCGGGGAGUUCUAACUCGAAAAAUGACAAUGUACAGAACGCGUCGGGAUUAGAACCUGCUGCCAAUCAGCAAUUGAUCCAAGUAAUUGAUAUCAACAAAUUGAGAAAUACCAGUAACAAUGAGAGCUACUUAAGACCGUAUAAAUUCGAUUCCAAGGGUGACUACGUAGACCUGGAUACAGCCAUCGAUUCCGAAGUGAUCAAUAUCGACGGCACCGUCACAAAACUCCUCGGCAAAGACGCGUUAAGGUACAAAAUGCUGGAGCAAAAUGCUAACGCGCCAGACGAAAAUGUCAUUAUAUAUUCACACCCUGUCGCCGAGGGUCCUUCCUCCUCGACACCUCGACUUAUUGAUAAAGAUGAUCCGCGAUCCAGAUUGCACUUUGUAAAAUAUCUGAAACGCGAUGGAAAGACGCUUAAGAUUUGGGAAUGUGGCAUUUGUUCAAAAGAGUUCCGCCAUCAGUACACCUUGAUGAGACACUUGCCGACUCACACCGACGAGAGAAACUUUAAAUGCGAAGCUUGCGGCAAAGCUUUUCGCCAGUUGUCAACAUUGAGUCAGCACAAGGCUAUACACAGCGACGCCAGGCCCUAUGUGUGCGAAUUUUGCAAGAAGACAUUUAACAGAGUGUCUACGUUGAUUUCCCAUCGGAAAACGCACUCGGAACACAAACCGCACAAGUGUCACGUGUGCGGUAAAGGAUUUCAUCAGAAGGGAAAUCUGCGGAAUCACGUUUUCACGCACACGAACGAGAGGCCGUACAAAUGCGAGCUCUGUGGCAAAGGCUUCAAUCAGAUGUCGAAUUUGGUCUGUCACAAGGUGAAGGCGCACGCACACAUUGACAAGAGUAUGCAGUACUCAUGCGGGGUUUGCGGCAAGGAAUUUCCUCGCAGGUUCGCUUUGCGAUCGCAUGAGGAAUACAAGCACGGCAUAAAAUAUCGAAGCACGAGCAAUGCGCAAUCCGCUGUGAACGAGCCCGAUAAUCCGAAGAGCAAGAACGUUAGAAUCAUACAAUUGACUAAUGGCAGUCGAAAUCAGAUGAGUGAAAGCAAAGAGAAGGAAUAUUUCGGUUCGUCGGAUUUGAUGGACAGCAUUGUGAUAGAAAAGAUCGAUACAAAAGCGAUGGAGAUGGCGGUGCUGCAAGGGCAGACUCCUUUCGCUCUUUACAAACCCGCCAAAGGUAUACCGAUUCUCGUUAAAGUCUCGUCAACCGCAAAUAAUAAGCACAUACUUACACCCGCAACUGGCGAGGAUUUGCGAAUGGCAGGAAAAAUCACUAUCAGUUCCAAUGAAACUUCAGACGGUGAUUGUAACAAGGCUGUUCAGGUGAAGGUGCCGGUUGUUGCUACAGUGAUUCAAAACAUCGAGAUCGAUGGCAAAUCCAGCUUCGUCAUUGAGCCUCCGGGUACAGAACAAGAGCAAGAUGGUCUGGUGACAGCGUUGGACUCGCUCUCCGACUUCGGUCGCAACGAGCCGGAAAAAUGGACAAAUGGCCAAAAUGGUCCGAACUCAACUACGCCGAUGGACGAGUACAACGAGUACAACGAGUUGCUGGAGUUGGCUGCGCAGGGUGGAAUACAGUUUGUUCGCGCUACAGAGGAUGGUCAUUACGAGGUUAUGACGAACAGCGAGGCUCGUGACUUAAUGGCGCAGAAUUCCCACGACGUAACGAUUCUUGACGACGAACAGGCGGACGCCAUCAAUCUCGUGAAUAUACGCAAUAAUGGUGACGUCAUCAUCGGCGACAACGAUAAUCAGAUCAUGGUGCUGGAAUCCGGCCAGAAAUCCAGUAAUAUGCCAAUGGACGACAUCGAGAUUCUCGAGGACAAAGACAUUAGGAUUCUCGAGGGUAAAAGCCCCGACGAUCGUUUCAUGGAUGGCAUAACAUUCCUCUCCCAGACCAAAAUCGACGACCUCCUGCUGGGUCCCAAAUCGUUGGCUAUCGACGGCGAUAGUGCCUUAACCGGGCACGAAGAUGCAAUGGUUGUGCCACCGAACCAGCAAGACCUAACGAGCAUCUUGGGUCACUCCUCGAAUCUAUCCACUAGCUCGCAAUCCUCGUUAUCGUCUUUGUUAAUGAAGAACCAUCCGCCAUUACCGCUGUUGAACGAGACACUCCCAUAUCUGAAGAGCAGUCAGAGCUUCACGGAGGAUCUAGACAUUCUCGGCAUCUCCUCCGUGGAAGAUCAUCACCUGGAGUACGACUCGAAGAUGAAACUGUCCUCGGUCUUCGACGACGAUUGCGAUAUGACCGGUUUGAUGACCUUCGGCCAACAAGAUAUGAAGAUAUUCGAUUCCGGGAAUCAAUGCAUGAAAUCUUUCAACAACAAGAUGAUGCCAGCUCCGAGAUUAUUUCCCGGUAUGAAUGAGGUGAAGAUCGUAGGGCCGAAGCAUCAUAAUCACGAACUGAUCAACCCGUACUAUCAAGAAAACAGAGUUCUCAGUCCCUUCGAGCAGUUCCUCAAGAGUUUACAGACAAACGGUUACGCACCAAACGCUGCCGACACGUCCGAUGGAAGCAGAAAAGAGGUAAAAAUACUCGGCAAGAAAUUCAGUACCGGAAUUAUCACCGAAGAAGGUGACAUUGUGCAAAUUAUCGAUGAAAAAUCUAAAUUUGAUACCAACAACGCGAUGGAUUUCUGCGACAACGUCUUGCAGCAGUGCGCGGGCAUGUCAUCGCCGCGACGACUGUAUCGGCAACCAAUGGAAAACGACGUAGCGGACAGCUUCUUGCUCCAAGCCGGAAGUCCCUGCGGCUCCGAUUUUCUGAAUUUCGACAAUCGUUUUGCCGGCAAGCAUCUGUCGUCCGACAGCCAUCUCGAUAGGAGCCAGAAAGAGGAUGGUCGCGGAGAUAGUUUUGAAUCUACGGAAGUGUUGAGUCUGGACUGACGGAGCGCGCGAUCAACGACGAAACGGACUCUGCCUUUCCGGAGUCCACUUAUUGUUUUGCGUCAUUGAUAUCACUUAGUGGAAAAAAUAUUCACGCGUUGUUUCGAUCCUCUUCGUUGCACGUAAAGAGGAUAAAGAUGAUGAGAUGUGAAAUUUAUAUGACGAGAGGUGCGUAUAUUGGUAUUUUUAUAGUUUUUUUGUUUGUCACAACAAAGAUUGGAUCCCAUUUAAAUGCGACAGAUCCGUACCUUCGUUUACGCACUUUUAUUUGCCAAUUUUGCUAUUAAAUAGUAAGCGAGUAUUAUGUAAGAAUUGUGCUAAUAUAUUUUUGAAAAUAUGUAAUUGAUUCUCGCAACAACUGCUAAUUGAGAAUGAAAUAUCUCCGGGAAGAUAAUUUAUAUAAUUCUUCGCUAUUAUGGAGAGAUUAUGUGAAUAUAAUUUUAUGAAAUGUACUUGUGUAAAUUGAAGUAUUCAAUCUCUCUCACAGAUAUUUCUAUAAUCGUCUUGCUCUGAUCUUUAUACGAUUUCUUAAAUUGCGUUAUAUAUAUAUAGUCUUUCUUAGUUUCUACACUGAUUUAUGUAAUGUGAUUUGUGUAUAAAUCAAACCAGUGUUUUAUAUUCUCAGACUUGGCGCGCAUGUGUACGUUGUGAACAGUAAAAAUUUAUAAAAAAUAUACGAAAGUCUUCGGAUUUUUUUUCUUGGAUAAUGGAAAGAGAGUAAAAUACGUUGGGGUGAUAAAAUAAAUCCGUCAGAGAGCGUGAGAAAGCAAAAUCCCAACCUAGUGGUAUUUUUAAUAAAUACGCGGGAUAGAGAGAUACGAAAGACUGCGGUAUUCCGAUAC